AUGCAAGACUUUAACAAACAACUCGAACAGAUGACAAUGAGGUCAAUGGCUCACGGACCAGUCAAUUCUCGUAUAUACAAGCCAUCCUCAAAUGGAUCACCCACUUAAUCUGGCAUUACCUCAACUGCAUUCUCAGAGGGAAACAGAAACUUCUGCCAUAAACACAAGAAGAAGUACGUAAACUUUUGCUUAGAUCACGCAGUCUCUCUCUGCGCUGCUUGUUUUAAGGACCAUCAAGGUCACAAAAUAGAGAUGCUAGAAAACUACGCUUAAGCCGAGGUUUCUAAGUUAUAAUCCCUUGUUGAGCAUUUAGAGUCAUCCAUUAGACACGUAAAGGAAAAACUUGAAUUGAGAAAAAAUCUUAAUGAGAAAAAAGAAAUAGCCGCUAAGCAGUUCUUUGAAUUGACAUUUAAUGAGUUAAAAAGAAUAGAGGAUGAGUUCUGGGAAAAGUUUUCUAAGGAUCAAGAAGAAGAGGUUAACCUAUUCUCAAAGCUUCUCGACUAGCAAGAUCAAAUGGAAAAAUAAUACUUUGAAAUCCGACCAUUAUUCGAUGCUAUGGAAGAAAAAAUUGGCGCAUCUGAAUUUUAUGAUAUCAUUGAGAGCAAGGCAUAUAUUUGGAACUUAAACGAGACUUUCAAAAAGUCAAAGACCGAAUUCUAUGAGCUUGUGACAAGUGCAGAGGAUUAUGAGCUAGUCUUUGAUAAAAUAGAAUGCAAAAGGAAGCUUGAGCAGUUCUUAAAGGAGUAACUUGCCAUAAAAAUGCAUUAACAUGAAAUUAUUGAGGUCAGAGAAAAGGCUAUAUUUUAUUAUUAACCCUUCAAAGGAUCAAAGAGAAAGGUCAAUAUUGAUGAUGAUAAGUUGACUCAAUAGCCAACACUAUUGAACACAAAGGAGACUGGUAGACUUCUCAUUAUUGGUGGAAACAGUGGAUAUAGCUCAAGUAGAAAAUGCUUCUAGGUUGAUGAAUGUAUGAAUAUGCUCAACUUGCAUUCUAAGUUGAAUUUGGGAAGAGUGGGGCAUGCAGCAGUCUAUAUUAACAACAAGGAUAUCUAUGUUAUUGGAGGAUAUAACUCAAGCAAAAACCAAUGGCUAGCAUCUGUGGAAACAUGCUAUGAUGCUUUCAAUCCAGACUAACAGCCUGAGUGGCAAAUGAUGGCUGAGAUGAAUGAGUCCAGAUACUACUUCGGAUGCUGUACCUGGAACAAUGAAUUCAUUUUUGUAUUCGGAGGCAUGAAUGACAAAUUUAUGGAAUAGUAAAUGAGUGAGCAUUAUAGUAAGUGCCUCAACUCAAUUGAAAGAUACUCAGUAGAGUGCAACCGCUGGGAUAGAGUUGACCUCAAGACUUAUUAAAAAUUCCCAUUCUGCUCACAUAUUGUUGCAGUACAUCUAUAAUGGGACAAGGAUCGUAUUAUAAUUCUCGGAGGUCAAACAUACAACAAAAAGACUCAGAACUUUGAAAAUAUCGGUAUUGUCUACAAAUUUGAUCCCAUUGAUGAGAAGCUGAAAGAGUGCAAAAAUCUCGAUACUCAAGAUAGAUUUAUCAUGUGCCAAGGCAUAAGCGACGGAAACAAACUUGUUGCAGCCAUUGGGGAAAACAAUUUACACUUAUUCGAUGGCACCACAUGGAAAGUAGUUCCAAAGGAAUGA